AAAAUUCCUCGAAUGAGAUAUAAUCUCUGUUUAAUUAGAUGGUCAUGACGCGACCUAUGACUUGUUUGUCCUAACUUAUCAUCUGACUUUAAAUUCGGGAUGCUGCGGAUGACCAUCAAAAAUCCACGACUCGAAUGUUAACAGCAGCUGCGUGAACAUGAUCCAUCAAAUACUAUGCCUCGCUCUCCUAGCCACUUCAGGAUACUCUUUCGUCACUCAGGAAGUAGCCCAUAAGGCCGCAACCGUGAUAUACCAAUACAGUGGCCCAUUCCCUGCAGAAAAACUCCUGAAUUAUGACCAAGCAACCAUCAAAGACAGCAACAUAACUUUCGAUGGACCUGCCCAAGACGUUUCCUUCCCGAAACUGAAAACCUUGAAGAUAGAGGGCAGCCGCAUCGGCAACAUACCGGACGGCGUCCUGAGCGCGUUCCCUAACCUCAAAAACCUGGCCAUCAAGACGAGCACCAUAGAAAAUUUCAAACUGAGCGACAUCAACGCCAUAACGUCACUGAAAUCCCUGGAGGUCGACGAUAUCGCCUUGAACAUCCUCAAGGACAAUUCCCUGAACAAACUGGCGGGUUUGAAGUCCUUGACCUUGAAUUCGGCGAAGAUCGACGAGAUCCAGAACCAGGCCUUCGGCGGACUCGGCAAGCUCGAGGUGUUGACCUUGAAGGGCGACAAUCUGAAGAAGUUGCCUGCCGUGGUGCUCAAACCGCUGAAGAAUUUGAGGGAGUUGUAUCUUCAGCACAAUGAAUUGACCAGAUUCGGACCUGAGAAUGUUCCCGCUUUGCUCGAAUUGAGGAAGGUGGACUUGGGCAUGAACCCUAUCGAGGAUGUCGAUGUUGAGGGACUCAAGAAGGUGGCGCCCAAAUUGGAAGAUGUAAGUGUGGGAGAUACUGAUUGAGAAUAAAUUGUUUCAAGCAA